AUGUGGAUUGUAAACUGGUUUUGGGAUGUUCUCGCAUCUUUUGGGCUCACGAACAAGCAUGCAAAGCUUCUUUUCCUCGGGUUGGACAAUGCCGGAAAGACGACCCUGCUCCACAUGUUGAAGAACGAUCGUGUAGCUAUCAUGCAACCGACCUUACAUCCUACCUCGGAGGAGUUGGCCAUCGGUAACGUUAAGUUCACAACAUUUGAUUUGGGUGGACAUCAACAAGCCCGACGUCUCUGGAAAGACUAUUUCCCAGAAGUGUCUGGGAUUGUAUUUCUCGUUGAUGCCAAAGACCAUGAGCGACUUGCAGAAUCUAAGGCCGAGCUUGACGCUCUUCUUUCCAUGGAGGACCUGUCUAAGGUUCCAUUCUUGAUCCUUGGUAAUAAGAUCGAUCAUCCAGAGGCCAUCUCCGAGGAUGAUUUGAGACACCAGUUAGGACUGUAUCAGACCACUGGCAAGGGCAAGAUCCCAUUGGAGGGAAUAAGACCUAUUGAAGUCUUCAUGUGCUCAGUUGUUAUGAGGCAAGGGUAUGGAGAGGGAUUUAGAUGGAUGUCCCAAUACGUUUAA